UUGGAAAAGUCAACCUUGGCAACCAUAAUAAUGCAAUGGAUUUUAAAAUAUAUAUAUAUAUAUACACGUAGUAUUAUUUUUUUUUUGUUUUCUUCCCUUACUUACAUUAUUUCGUAUAUAUUUCAGAAUAUAGUCCAAUUAAUUAUCAUCAUUUUCUCUGUCUAGCCUAUUUGCGCAAAAACCAUGGUCAUGAUAAUUUCCUUUACAUUGUUAGUAGCUAUUCAAUUUAUUAUCCCAAGUGCAAAAGCUUAUUUUUACUACUACACAAAUUGCACGGGUAGUUCAAAUUACAUCAUAAAUAGCCCUUAUCAAACCAACCUCAAUAAUCUUUUAAACAACUUAACCUCCCAAGCAACGCAGUCCAAAUCACGAUUUUACUACUCGACUUUUGGCCAAGCUCCCAAUCGAGUCUACGGCCUCUACCUAUGUCGAGGUAACAUUGAUAGUCAAUAUUGUAGCCGAUGUGUUAAUGAAUCACAUUUGAAUAUCCUCAAAGAAUGUCCAACCCAAAAUUGGGCCAUUCUAUGGAGCGAAAAUUGUACAAUUCGUUUUUCUAACGUGUCAAUCUAUCAGAAACUCGAUGUUACUCAUAGUAUUGUGGGAUAUAACGAUGUUCCACCUAUUCCUAGUAAUGGAGUUCAAGCAUUUUUAAAUGUACGGAAUAAAACCAUGAAUGAUUUAGCACCCCUAGUCGCGAAUAGCUCCAUGAAAUAUGGUAAUAAGACCGGUGAUAUUACAAGGUCCCUAAAAUAUUACGCGAUGGCUCAGUGUACACCAGACUUGACUGCCGAUGAUUGUAACCAGUGCUUGAGUAAUGGAAUUAGUCAGCUCCAGACGAGGAUCGGUACAUGGGUGUUGCUACCUAGUUGUAAUGUUCGAUUUGAUCUUACCAUUAUGAAUGAAACAGCAACAAUUCAUGAAGGUAUGAUUUAUGAAAUACAUCUUGUGUAUGUACAACAAAAGAAAAAUUACAAAAAUGCAGGAAAAAGAAAAAAUACAGCCAAGGUGAUCAUUGCCAUUGUGAUUCCAGUGGUCGUUAUAUCAGCUGUAAUUCUUGCCCUAGGAAUAUGUUAUAAGAUUAAGAAAGUUAAGAAGUAUAACACAUUGCGCGCUAGAAGUGCAAGUCAGGAUUUUGCAAUGAUUGAGUCCUUGCAAUAUGAUGUGGCUACGCUUCAAUUGGCAACUAAUAAUUUUUCAGAUGAGAAUAAAGUCGGCGAAGGUGGAUUUGGAGGCGUCUAUAAGGGUAUAAUGCCAGAUGGACAAGAAAUAGCAGUGAAGAGGUUGUCCCAAGGUUCUUACCAAGGUGAACAAGAGUUCAAGAAUGAGGUCUUGUUAGUAGCAAAACUUCAACACAGAAACUUGGUUAGACUAUUAGGGUUUUGCUUAACUGGAGAAGAGAAGCUUCUAGUGUAUGAAUAUGUUGCCAAUAAAAGCCUUGACUAUUUUUUAUUUGAUACGGAAAGACAAGGGUUAUUAGAUUGGGGAACGCGAUACAAUAUUAUAGGAGGGAUUGCUCGAGGGAUGCUUUAUCUCCACCAAGAUUCUCGGCUUAAAAUAAUCCACCGUGAUCUCAAAGCAAGCAACAUUUUGCUUGAUGAAGAAUUGAACCCCAAAAUUUCAGACUUUGGCUUGGCAAGGAUUUUCGAUGUGGAUCAAAGCCAAGGGAAUACAAAUAGGAUUGUCGGAACUUACGGUUACAUGUCUCCAGAAUAUGCAAUGCAAGGCCAAUUCUCCGACAAAUCAGAUGUGUAUAGCUUUGGUGUACUUGUUUUAGAAAUCAUAACUGGAAAAAGAAGGAAUAGUUGUUUCGAUGAUUUGGGUGACGCUGAUGACCUUAUAAGCCAUGCGUGGAUAAAAUGGAGGGAAGGAAAUCCUUUGGAAUUUGUAGAUCCAAUAAUAAGAGACUCAUGCUCAAGUGACGAAGUUAUGAGAUGCAUGCACGUUGGCUUGCUUUGCGUUCAAGAGUCGAUGGAUGUUAGACCUACGAUGGAAUUACCAGUUCUCGUGUUACAUAGUAAUGCAUACACACUUCCAAUGCCACAAGAGCCUGUUUUCGUUUUCAGGAACAUAAGAGAAGUAAACAUUCUAGACAGCAAGUCUAGAGGGUCUGUGAAUAAUGUAACUAUGUCUGGGGUUGACCCAAGAUGAAUGCAUAUUGAUGAGUUGUCUAAGUU